AUGCCUAUCAAGACGGAAACCAUUGAGUCAUAUCGGCGGUUUUACCACGACCAGCUGAUGGGCGACUGUAUCCCAUUUUGGAUGCAGUCAGAUCUUAUUGACCGGGUGAACGGGGGGUAUAUUACCUCUGUGGACAAAACUGGCCGCUGCUACAACAGCGACAAGUCGGUGUGGUUUCAGGGAAGGUGCCUGUGGACUUUCUCUGCUUUGAUCAACCGUUAUGGAAUGCAUGAUGAGUGGCUGGAGGCCGCGAAAUUGGGGAAAGACUUCCUAGAGAAGCACUGCACUGACGCCGAUGGCCGGAUGUUCUUUACUGUGACGGCGGACGGAAAACCGCUGAGGAAACGUCGGUACAUGUACUCUGAGAGCUUCUACGUUGUUGCCAUGGCGGAGUAUGGUCUUGCAGCCGGGGACAAGGAGGCGAUACGGAAGGCCGAGGAGCGAUAUGAGCUUAUGCUGAAGCUUUUCCGCACACCAGAGGCUGAUCCGUUCAAGAUCACGCCCAAGGGGUACGCAGAAACCCGGAGUGACCGAGUGUCCGCAGUUCCAAUGGUACUGGUGAGCUGCGCUCAGUUGCUGCGCCGCUGCAACCCGGCGAAGGCGGAGUACUACUCGAAGAUUACCAGAGAGAUGGUUGACAUCAUUAUCAAGUACCACUACAAACCCGAGUGCCGCUGCGUACUGGAGUGCGUUGCUCCUGAUGGAGGCCGGAUUGACACACCGGCCGGGCGAUGCAUCAAUCCAGGUCACUCUAUUGAGAAUGCAUGGUUCCUGAUGAAUGAGGCGGUAUACUCAAACGAUAAGGAGCUGCUUGAGAAGGCAUUAAACAUUCUGAAUUGGUCAUUGGAGUGGGGUUGGGACGAAACGUUUGGUGGCAUUCUGUACUUUGUGGAUGUGGACAAACGACCCUGUGAGCAGUUGGAGUGGGACAUGAAGCUAUGGUGGGUGCACAAUGAGGCGCUAAUUGCCACGCUGAUGGCUUAUGGUAUCACAAAGGACGAGAAAUACUUCAAGUGGUUUGAGCGUCUCCACUUAUACUCAUUCGGUCACUUUGCUGACAAGGAGCACGGUGAGUGGUACGGCUAUCUGCACCGCGAUGGUACUGUGUCACACACGCAGAAGGGGUCAUUGUGGAAGGGGCCGUUCCAUCACCCACGUUGCUUGAUGAACUGCGAGGCCCUUCUGCAGAAGCUCGCAGAGGGCAAGGAGAUUGCUCCCAUCCUGUAG